AGAAGAGCAGAAGCAGAGAGAGCGAACCGGGGAAGAUGGCGACCCUCACGCAGGGCAUCCUCCUGAAGCUCCUCCAGUCCAUGAACUCCUCCAACGCCCGCGUCGCCGGCGACCACUGCUCCGCCCUCCUCCAGGUCGUCGGCAUCGUCCCCGCCCUCGCCGCCCCCGAUGACCUCUGGCCCAACCACGGCUUCUUCCUCCACCUCUCCGACUCCCUCCACUCCACCUACGUCUCCCUCUCCGACCGCGACGCCGACCUCAUCCUCUCCAACCGCCUCCAGCUCGGCCACUUCGUCCACCUCGACCGCCUCCUCCUCGCCCCCGACUCCCCCGUCCCCCGCGCCUCCGGCCUCCGCCCCCUCCCCGGCCGCCACCCCUUCCUCGGCUCCCCCGAGCCCCUCGUCGCCCGCCUCUCCCCCUCCCGCCGCGACUUCGUCAUCCAGCCCGCCUCCUCCGAUUCCGACCUAUCCGCCGACCCCAUCGCCGCCUACCUGUCCCGCGACCGGCCGGACGGCGCGGCGAGGGCGGAGAGCGACCGGGAGGAGCCCAAGGCUUCGGAGAAGCCCAGAUCGAGGCAGGCCCUUGCGCCGAGGGACAAUUUGCCUAAUACGAACUCCGAUGCGGAGGCGAGGGUUUCGGCUCAGAAGCCCUCGAGGUUCUCGUCCCCUGCGACGGCCAAGAGGUCGGCGCCUGUCGGGAAGAAGAUUGCUCCUGUUGCAGAGAGAGAUCCGUCGCCUGCCGGAAAGGGGAAGCGAUCGGCGUCCCCGGUACCCUCCAAAUGCGUCGUGCCGAGCUUGGUCGCUGCGAAGGAAGAGAACAGGAGGAACUCGAAGGAACCGGCAAUUAUAGUGCCGUCGAGGUACAGGCAACCGUCGCCGAACGUUCGGAGGCAGGCGUCGCCAAGCACGAGGAGGGCUUCGCUUUCGCCGGGGAGGAGAUUGUCGGUCGGUUUGAAGGUGUCGCCCAUGGUGAUGGACUCGGCAAGUAAGAAGAAGAUGGCUACAAUAGCUGCUGGGAUUUCCAAGGUCUCAGAGGCCUUGGUUGGUUCGGGGAAGGCAGGCCGGAAGAACUGGGAUGAGCAGCCUGCAUCAGCAUCGGCAGCUGCAACAGCAGCUCCAGCAACGGAGCAGAAAGAGAAGGCUCCUGGGAAAAACAAAGCCGAUCUGCAAGCGAUUUUGCGGACUCAGGCUGCUAUAUCUAGACGUCUUAGCGAUGUGAGUGGUGGAAAGUCGAAUGGUGAUGAUCUGUCAAGCAAUGAGAAGGCGAAAUUUGGAACACCUGAAUCUGUCACUUCAGUUCCAGGAAUUACCAUUCAUGAGAAGAAAUGGACUGACGGCAGUGUUUCUCUCGACUCGGUCUGCAAAGAACUUCAGAGGCUUGGGAAGGAGGCUAUGCAGAGGAAACUUAUUGCCUCCAUUGCAGCUGCUGAAGCAUUGGAGGAGGCCACUGCUACGGAGUCAGUAAUGAGGAAUUUAAGCAUGUUUUCAGAACUUUGUUCCACAUCUAAGGCUGGGAAUCCUUUACCGUCCAUUGACCGGUUCUUCUCGAUUUAUGACGAGGUUGUGAGAUCGACUGGUGUUGUCAAAUCUCUCUCUAGCAGCCGUGCGGCCUGUGCCGACGAUACUAUCGUCCCCACAGACCAAUCGAAAUUCUCGAUUUGGGUGGAGGCAGCUUUGGCCACUGAUCUUGAUAUCAUCAAUUUUUUAACUAAUCAGAAUAGUGAGCCGGCAUCAGCUCUUCAGAAAACGUUGCUCAAACGACAAUCUGUGAAGGCACAUGGCAAGAACCACAUGAAAGUGGCUUCUCCAUCACGUUCCGACUCUGCCUGCGCUUGGACUAGGGGUCACGGGAUGAAAGAAACUGCGGACUUUGCAAUGAAGUUGCAGUCAGAGAUGCAAAUGUGGUUUGUCAGUUUCAUUGAGAAUUCCUUGGAUGCAGGCUUUCGGGUGUUCGGUGAACGUGGUGGCGGGAAAGUACUAAAUCUUGACGGUGGCUCUGUUACAGCUGUUUUGUCGCACUUGAAGCGCGUGAAUGAUUGGUUGGAUCGUGCGGUGCCUAAAAGCGACGAGUUUCUUAUGGAAAAGAUUGAGCAACUGAAGCGGAAGAUAUACGGCUUUGUCAUCCAGCACGUCGGUACGACCUUCGACAACUCCAUGUCGGCUGCUUCGUCUUGAGUUUCUGGAUGACCUGAUUAAAUAUUUGUCAAGUAUAUCACAUCUGUUCUUUCAUCCUGUUCAGCAUUUUUGUUUUGACCCCACGAUCUUCUUGCAACUAGCAAGCUUGGAUCAUUCAAAGCUCAUAAGGCUUGCAUUUUAACCUCCUUAAUAUUUGUCAAGUACAACCUAUUUCAUUGUCUUGUGCAGUAAUCUGUCAACCUGGUCUUCGUCA